AAAAGGUUAAGAAAUGGAACAAGAAGUCAGAGAGUCGAAAAGUCUAGCAGAGACUUUUGAGUUUCUUCUGCUGUUCUUUUGUCUCCUAGCUACCUAAAGAGCAUCCAUCUCUCUCUCUCUCUGCCCAAAUCAAAAGGAGGAUUUAAAGUCAACGGCGAGAACAUGAGUACUCCAAGGUUAAAGUGUGUCAUCGUCGGUGACGGCGCCGUCGGCAAGACUUGUCUACUCAUUUCCUACACUAGAAACACUUUCACCACCGAUGAUAUGCCAACUGUUUUUGAAUAUGUCUGCGUCCAUGUGAUUGUCGAUGGGAGCAGCAUCAACUUGGAAUUGGCGGACACUGCAGGACAAGAUGACUACAAUAGACUAAGACCAUUAAGCUAUCCAUGUACUGAUGUCUUCUUGCUCGCAUUCUCUCUUGUUGACAAAGCUAGCUAUGAAAAUGUUGCUAAGAAGUGGGUUCCUGAACUCAGGCAUCAUUCUCCUAAUGUUCCCAUCUUACUUGUUGGAACAAAGCUCGAUGCUCGAGAUGAUAAGCAGUACUUUCUUGAGCACCCUGGAGCUGUGCCUAUAUCUACUGCUCAGGGUGAAGAACUAAAGAGGCUGGUUGGAGCUUCUGCUUAUAUAGAAUGCAGUUCAAAGACACAAUUGAACGUUAAAGCUGUCUUUGAUGAGGCCAUCAAAGUAGUUCUCAAGCCACCCAAUAACUACAACAACAACAUUAGUACAGCUCAGAAAGGCUGUUCCAUACUGUGAUUCGAGAAAAGAAUAAACAUGAAUCAACAGUUAACUAAUCAUUGUUUCCGAGUGCCCAUUUUCUCUCAUUUCCGUUAAACAAGAAUUUGUCAUUUGUAGUCCUAAAAGCAGACAUAUCCGAACUCAUUGGUCAAGUAUUUAAACUUUGGGGUUGUAUCUUUAAAUUCUUCCCAAGUGUUUACAUUUGCUUCGAUUCCA